AUGAAAUUUUGUGAUUUGCGAGAAAAAAUUUAGAUAUGCAGGUGUAGCGUUCUUUGUUGCUUUAUAAUUGCUCAGUUAAUGAUGAAUGAUACAGUCGGUGACGGAUCGCUACGUACUGCUCGCGUAUCUGCCCGUCAAGUUCUCGCUCAACCGAAAGUGUUUGCUCAACGCAGUUUAGUGUUGGAUUAGGAUGGUUACCUCCUAGCUAGUUAGAAGUCUGAGUAACCGAGCUGUUCGUUGCGACCCUCCAACGUGAAGACGACGAAGUCGACGACGAAGACGACGUGACGUGAAGACGACGAAGUGCAAGCCAUGCACGUUCCUCAUCCAUCGCAGUGCCCCUCGUGCUACCCGUACUGCAUGACCCGACCAGGGGCCGCCGCUCCCCCUGUUCCUCCUCACGGUCCCCGACACGCGCCCCCACCGGUCCACACAAGUCCUCAUCGCACGCAGCCCCGGCCGUGCCAACACCCGGCGCACUUUCAGCCCCCGAGGCCCGGUCUACCAGCCCCAAGUCCUGGCUCUGUUCAAGGGGUUCCUCCUACGCUGGACUGCAGAGCAGCGCCAUGCCAUCCUCAUCCCAGGGAUGAUAGGAGCGCCCCUCCUCCCCCGCCGCCCCAUGCAGUCCCUCUCCCGUCAUCGUCUUCAACGUAUGCAAACGUGCCGACUAAACCGCGUGUUACUUUUAACCUUCAGCCUGAACAUUUCGAGGGUAAAAGCGACUCUCAAGCCCCUAACGCAAAAUCUCAACCUCCCAUCCAGCAACCCAAAAGCAUUUUGACGCACCAUGGAGCUCCCGAGUCUCCUCAAUCUGUUCAUACGCCUUCGCCUAACAGCUCUCUUCCAAGACCAAAUGUGGCACACGGUUCAGUCGAUCCAGGUUCUCAACGUCCUUCAGCUGGCGGUUCUAACAUCCGCUUGUAUCACCAGGAUGCAUGUCAUGCCAAAACAUUGCCCUUCAAGCGUGAAGAGUUUUACCAAAACCAAGGGCCUAGCUUCAACGAAGCAUCUCCUAACUCUAGGCGAUUUUCUAGUCAAGAACAAAUUUAUGAAAGUGUAGCAGAAGAUAUCCGACCUCCGAAUGGUCAUCAUCUCGAACGAGGAAGUUCUUCAGCUUCCUGUAACAGUCCAGCAGGUUGUGGCACUAGUCAAGGUCUUGCUAAUAACCUGGGCUGCCCGCCAAGAAUGACUCAAUCCGUUGACGGGAAAAAUUUCGGUAGCCAAGAGUCGUACAUCAACGUUAGUCAAUCAGAUCCAAGGUCUCAAUGGCAAGCCCGACCUUCGGAUCAAGUUAACCAAAGCCAUCCUGCAAAUUUUGGGAGUCUUCCGAAUCACGAACAGAUCCCACAUCAAAAACCUUUUCUCCAUCAAGGCUGUGCACCAUUUUCGAAUCACUCACCUCCGAUCCAGGGAAAACCUAUUAACCCCAUCAACCCUCCUAGUUGUAUGCACCCGCCCAUGCUCAUGGCAUCUCAUAACCAGAGGCCUUCUCUCAAUCAAGGACCUGUAUCCAACCAUGGCCCCCCUCCUAAUCACGGUCACCUUCAUAAUCACGGAGCUCCUCCGAACCUAAGACCUCCUCCCCAAGGCGGAACUCUUCCUAACUACGGUCCCCCUCAUAACCACGGACCUCCUCCCAACCACGGAUUUCCUCCCAACCAUGGACCUCCUAACCACGGACUUCCUCCCAACCACGGACCUCCUCCCAACCACGGACCUCCUCCCAACCACGGCCCUCCUCCCAACCACGGAAAUGGACUUCCUCUUAAAGAAGAACCUCCUAAGCAAGGUCAACCUGUUCAAAAUCGGUCGGCUCAAGAGCCUAGCCCGUUCUGUGCGAAUCAACUAAGCCAGAACGUUCAUGCAGGCCCAAGCGUUAUUCGACCUCAUGGCAUGAAUGUUGCAGUCAUGCGUCCUCCUUGCUCUGUCAUGAACCCACAAGAAAACUAUUACAACGUUUCUAAUGCGAUUCGUCGUGAUGAUGCAACGAAUAAUUUUCCACCUCCGCGUAUCCCUCCUCCGUACAAUAACCCACCAGUACCCUAUUCUGGUCCAAAUGUGCGUCCUCGUUUUAACGAACCUGUAGGAGCAAUUCAUAACUGCAAUCCCCGAUUUUGUCAACCGACGUUGCCUCGAUGUGGUCAUCCUCCGCUUAUGAAUCGUCCAGGUGGUCCUUCGCAAGUCCCCAUACUUACAGCAAACUCUUCCGUAAAUCCGUGUCCAUCGUGCCGUCACGCUGCUCAGGGGCUUUUCGCUAAUGGCGUCAGACAUGACAAUUGUGGCGCGGGUGUACGAAACAUGAACUUGUCUUCGAUGCAUGGAUCCCCAAAUGAACUGGGCAUUCAUCCCUGCAGCGGUCAUAACCACCCCACACCACCGCCUGCUCCACCGAUGCCUCCUGUGAAUUUCAACAAUAAUACUCUAGGCUUCAUGCGGUACAACUGCUUGGCGCAUCAUCAAUUGGAGCCUCCACCGCCCCUUAAAAUUGUUGGCGGUUGUCCUCAUAACCAUCACCAGCACGAGCAUUACAGUUCUUCUGCUGUGAAGCACGAGCGCCCAUGUCCGGGUGGUGGCAGCGGAGGCCGCUGUGCAGGCUUUGGCCUCACCAAAGCCUACAGCUCCGAGUGUCCUCAGUACGGACCUCAGCAGCAGCUCAUCAACCCUCUGCAUCUCCUUCACCACAAUGGACCUCAGCACCAACAGAGACGUCCACAGGUUUGUUCUCAGAAAUUCUUUUAUCUCGCUCAAACUCAAGUAUAG